GGUUUGGACGGGGCCGGGACAGGGGCUCAGUUCAAAUCGUACUUGGUCCCAGAGGGGUCUCUGUGUGCUGCCAUCAGAAAGGAGGUUUGGUGCCAAGAUGCUGGCUGAGAACGCCGGCGUCCCCGGCUUUGGAUCAGUGCUUGGAGCUUCAGGUCAAAGUGCACACGUCAGCUCUGAAGGCUCCAAGCAGGUGGGGCAGGACAGCGAGGGGUAUCUGCCUGGUGCCGGCUCCUUGUGAACUCUGACCAGACACUAAAAACAUCUGAGCUAGUUGAUGAGGAACAUGAAAAGUUUCCUGCAGUUUUUACCCCUUAAAAAAGGAAUGUGUGUUUGUCUGUGUGCAUGUGCCAGGUGCUGAUACAAAGAUGCUUGAACUAUUACUGUAGUAAAACUUCAUCUAGCUAGACUCCAGCUUUCUGAUCUGAAAAUAACUCCAGAGGUAAGUAAAAAUUAACUGAAUAGUAAAGAUCUCUAAAAGAGUUGGCAAUAAAUGAAUGAUGCAGGGACUAGAUGCCUCAAAGGCCUGCCGAGAUUGGUCAGGUUCACACACAUGCCGUGCUCAGUUGACAAAGUUCAGAGAAGGCUGGCCUGUGUGCAGAAGUUACUCCAAUGUGUUUAAUAUAAGCAGACAGUAUGCUUUUUUUUUUUUAAAGUAUCGGCACUUGAAAGGUUAACAUCCGUUGCGUGAGAAUUCUCUCACUAGAAUGGGUUCUGGGUAGCCAGGCUUUUCCUGUGUUGUUGAUGCUGUGUUCAUGAUACUGUUUUGGACUCUUAAGGCUCCAAAGUUAUGGGUCUGUUGGCAGAAAGAGAAAAGCCUGGACUUGGGUGAUCUGCCUGGGUUGCAAGGAUGGUAAGAACUGGGAUUGGAGGCAGGCUAAGGCGGCAAGCCCAUCUCCUAGGAGUGGCCUUCCAGCAGGUAGCUCCCCUCUCCCCUCCCCCUGCCCCCGCUGGGUGGGGCUGGGGAAUGAGGAAGUGUUCCCACAGACUAAAGGGGAAAAGAGGAGUGGACAGUUUCCUGGAAGAUGGUGCCUGCAUACCAGAAUGUGCUGACCUGUGCCCCAGCCGUCGUCACUCUUGUCUUUGUGUGAAUCUCGUCUCCCCUUCAAAGGCAACACCUCAGUGAACGAGACUAGCUUUGUUUCCACUUUGUUUAUGCCAUAGACUUGAGUCCUUCUGCACGGUAACCUCACAAACAAAUCAACUUAGAUACAUACAAAUGAUUUCGUCUCAUCCCCUGGAAGUUUAAACAGGUGUGAUAAACAACUUAUGUUCUGCCAACAGUGAGUGACAAGGACUAGCCAAUGGUUUGAAUGAGCGAGGAUGCCUCUCUUUUCUCUACCAAUAAGACACUUAAGCACACUGGGGGUGUGUGCGGGUGUUUUAUUUUCCCCUUUGAAUUGGCAGACUGAACUUCACACUGACCUGAGCUCGUGGCUUGAAGUAGAUGAUACCAAGUCUGUGGAAAUAGCUGUCUCUAUCACAAGGGAAAGUGUGUUUCAUCCGCCAUCAGAACCCUGUGCAGUUGACUCCUGCCACUGUGAAGAAGCACAGACAGGAGCAUCCACAUGCAGAAGGACCUCUUAAAGCACAGGGAAGAUGGAGAGGUGUGCCACAUUAGAGCCAUUUAAAGGAACACGUUGAGUCCAGGUAGUCGAUGCUGAACGGGUGGACGAGAAGCAUGGUUUGCCGACGGCUAAUGCGCAGAAACUGUUCCUCUUCUCUCCACAGUCUGGUGACCCAGGACGUGCCCCAGCUCUAGUGACGCAGUCUGCCUUUCUGCUCGGGAACAUCAUCUGUGCCUCAGACUUGCUCCUCUCAGCCUGAGACCACGUGGAAACUGGGAUAUAGGAUGCAGGAAGCAGAGAUAGUGGUAACCGAGAGGCCCAUGUCUGGGUAGAUCCAGGUCGGGGACCACAACGCUGCCUGCCCCUGGGCCUGGCGGUUGGCUGCUGGGGCUCUGCUGAUGUGCUCAGCACAGUCCUGUCCUUCUAUUUGCAAUUAAAUGGCACAGCAUUUGGUCAGCGCAUCUGAAAAAGAAAGUGUGAGAGACAAAACCCAUGGCUACCUACCCCUGCCAGUUAUGUGGCAAGACCUUCCUCACCCUGGAGAAGUUCACUAUCCACAGUUAUUCCCACUCCAGGGAGCGACCUUACAAGUGCUUGCAGCCAGACUGUGGCAAAGCCUUCAUUUCCAGAUAUAAAUUGAUGAGGCAUAUGGCUACACAUUCACCCCAUAAAUCUCACCAGUGUGCUUAUUGUGAGAAGACUUUCAACCGGAAGGACCACCUGAAGAACCACCUCCAGACGCACGACCCCAACAAAAUGGCCUUUGGGUGCGAGGAGUGUGGGAAGAAGUACCACACGAUGCUGGGCUACAAGAGGCACCUGGCCCUCCACGCGGCCAGCAGUGGCGACCUCACCUGCGGGGUCUGUGCCCUGGAGCUGGCGAGCACCGAGGUGCUGCUCGACCACCUCAAAGCCCAUGCCGAAGAGAAGCCCUCGACCGGCACCAAGGAGAAGAAGCACCAGUGCGACCACUGCGAGCGGUGCUUCUACACCCGCAAGGAUGUGCGGCGCCACCUGGUGGUCCACACGGGCUGCAAGGACUUCCUGUGCCAGUUCUGCGCCCAGAGAUUCGGGCGCAAAGACCACCUCACGCGCCACACCAAGAAGACCCACCCGCAGGAGCUGCUGAAGGAGAGCCUGCAGUCCGCAGAGCUUCUGAAUACUCUGCACUCUCUCUCUCCCCAGUUCCAACUGAAGGCUGCCCCGCUGUCUCCUUUUCCGAUAGGGGCCCCUGCGCAGAAUGGGCUUGCUGGCGGCCUGCCAGCUGAGGUGCACACCCUCAAUGCCUUGGAGCAGCCCGCCCAGCCUAUACCGGUGCUGUCAGAGCUCCUGGCCCCGCUCCACCCCAUGGCCACCCCCAGCUCCCCCCCCGCACCCCUCCAGAACCCCAAGUACAACACCGGUUCUACCUCGUACCCCCCACUUGCAGGCCUGCCCAUCAAAACAGAAAAUAAAGGGUUUUGCAGUGCCAAUUUGCUGGAGGAGCUGCCUCUGCAAGAGCCUCAGUCACCUCACAGGCUCAAUGCAGGUUUUGACCUGGCUAAGGGAGGCGCAGGUAAAGUAAACCUGCCCAAAGAGAUAGCCGCAGAUGCUGUGAACCUGUUGCCUGCCUCUCUCGACCUCUCCCCUCUGUUGGGCUUCUGGCAGCUGCCUCCGCCUGCUACCCAGAAUGCCUUUGGGAGUAGUGGUCUUGCCCUGGGGGCUGGGGAACCUCUGCCGCAUAGGCUGAGCUGUCUGGGGCAGCAGCCCCAAGACCCCUCACUUGCCAUGAGCACUAUGAGCCUGGGCCAGCUCCCCCUCCCUCACAUCCCCCAUGUUUUCCCAGCUGGCACUGGUUCGGCUAUCCUGCCUCAUUUCCACCAUGCAUUCAGAUGAAUGGUUUUUGUUUUCUUUUUAAGCAUACUUUUCUUACUCUGAAAGAUAUUUUGAGAAGCAUUGAUAUCAGCUAUGAUAAUAUCAUCAGCUAUGAUAAUACAAGGAAAGAUUUAGGAAGCAGGACUGGAAUAUGGCUUAUUCAGUGAUGACUGGCUUGAGAGAAGAGAGUUCUCGAACUGCAUGUAUUGUGCCAAUCUGUCCUGAGUGUUCACGCUUUGUACCAAGUUUAAUAAGCAAAUAUUCUUCAAUGGAACUGCAACUAUUAUCAUAACCAACAUCUAUACGAGGGCUGCUAUAUAUUGGUGUAGCUAUAUAUUGGUGUAGCUAUAUAUUGGUGUAGCUAUAUAUUGCUGUUUGUCAACUUAAUCGUAAGCCAUGAUCAUAAUAAUGUCAGCUAAAUAACUUUAUGUGGCACUGCCUAGGAAGGGAACUAUGGAAAGGUUUGGAUUUCUCCAAAAUGGGAGGAUUUUUAAAAUAAGAAAGUAAUCUUUAUAUCGCAUAUUAUCACUAGGCUGUGUAUUUCUUUUCAGGGAAUUUUCUACCUUCAGAGUUGGAUGUAGUUUAGUUACUAUUGCCAUAGCCAACCUGUAGUUUUACAGAAACAAUUUCUUGUGGAAUAAUAGACGUCUUCAUUUUAAAGCAUUUAAAUGUAGUUUGAAUAUUUUCCACAGGAUGCUACAAUGUGAGUUAUCACUUCAUUUAUCUUAAAGACUAAACUGUCAGUUAUAUCUGACAGAAAAAAAAAAUCACUGUGUAACCAGGUUAAGUGGUAAAAUAAUCCAGGCGUCAGUCAAAAUAAGCAUUUUACUGACUUUAAUAUUGAUUAUAUUUUUAACAGGAAUUUAAGAAUAUUACUGGAAUUUUAAAGUAUAUAUAUAUAUAUCUAUUAAGCAAGAAUUUCUUUUGCUCUGCUCUGUAUGGCUUAAAAUACUACUCUGCUUAAGUAUUUUUAAUCACCAAUAAGUAAAUGCAUUUUAAAAUUCAUCAUUUAAGUCAAUAUUAGUUUUAUUCAAGAAAUAUAAUGUUUUACAAUGUAACUAUAAUCUAUCUCUGGAAUUUGGUAUCUAAUGAGUUUUUGAACUAUAAAACCUAACCUUCUUUUUUUAAAGCUCCUCUGUCUUUUGUGUUUAGAGGCUUUCAAUAUGAAGAUGUAUCUUACAUAUAAUAAAUAAAGUACAAAUUGAGCAAA